CAUAGUUGAAUACUCCCCCUCACCACCUUCCCCUCUCCAACAACAAAACAGAGAAAUAAACAUACACAGCCAUGAAAUCCAGCCUUGUUCUCUGCCUCCUCCUCUGCCUUUUACUGGCGAAUUUCAGAGGGAACGACGCAAUAAGGAAAGAGCCGGCGUCGACGACGACGACGGAGGAGUACUGGAAGAAAGUGAUGAAGGACGAGCCUCUUCCCAAAUCCAUCAAAGAACUGCUCGUCUUCGAGGCCGCCGGCGACGGCGACCAUGCCGCCGCCGUGGAGGGGGAGAAGAAGGUGGCGAUAAACCGGUUCGUGAAGGAUUUCGACACCCUGACCACCGCCAUCAUCUACCACAACACGCAAUCACAUGGCGGCUAGACCGGAUCGAUCACCGGCCAGUCAGCUCUGUAAAAAUAUAUAUAUAUAUAUAUAUAUAUAUAUAUAUAAAAAUUAAUAAUAAGAUGGAGCCCUAAUAUAGUGAAGCGCGCAUGUGGCUGGACGUACGUUUCGUUUUUUCAGUGUUGUUCGUUUUGUGGUUAAGGCAAAUAGUUAAGGCAGUUUGGUCAGUGACGUUCUUUCUGUUAGCUAGUUUUGUGGUUGGAUUAUUUUAUCAAUGGUUCUCCAAUAUGAAGUUCGUAUAAGGUCCAUUCUGAAAAUCUCUCCUCCAACAGUUCUGAAUACGUAGAAACAAUCGGUUCUUGAUAUGAUACCCGAAUCGCGAUCAUGAUGAU